AUGUACUCUCCCAGGCUCUGGCUGGCGGCUUUGCUUGCCGCCGCUGCCAAUGCACAGUUCGCAAGCUACGAUCAGGAUGGACACUCCAUCUCCGUCAAUGUCCCCUCGGACACAGCCUCCGGCAGUGGCCAGAGCAUUUUCUUUCAGAUCACUGCCCCCUCAGGCACAUCAUGGACUGGAUUUGGUCAAGGCUCGCGCAUGAGUGGCGCCAACAUGUUCAUUGUGUACUCCGAUGGCAACAACAACGUGACUGUCUCUCCUCGGCUGGGCACCGGUCACGUCAUGCCACAGUACAACUCCGAUGCUCAGAUAACUGUCCUGGGCGGCACCGGUAUCCAGCCCGACGGCUCCAUGGUGGCUAAUGUGCGAUGCGACUCGUGCCUGAGCUGGUCCGGUGGAAGCAUGGAAGCCACUGACAGCUCCAGCAACUGGAUUUGGGCAUACUCUGGAGGUUCGUCCCUGGACACCACCAGCACUUCGGCAUCGAUCCGCCAGCAUAGCAGCUACGGUGCUUUUACACUUGACUUGACCCAAGGCACGGGUGGCAGCUCGGUAAACCCAUUUGUCUCGGCGGUGGAUACCUCCAACCCAUCGAGCACGCCGUCUUCGGGGCCCUCAACGCCCGUUGCAAGCUCUGAUGCGGGCUCCAGUUCUGGCUCCAAUGGCACCAGCAGCGAGAUCUCAGAUAACACCAUUGGUCUGCGCCGAACGCAUGGUAUCGUCAUGUCUGUCACUUUUGUGCUGCUCUUCCCAUUAGCAGCUCUAACUUUAUACCUACCUUUUGCAAAGCGCGUCCUUCUGAUUCAUGCGCCUCUUCAAGUCAUCGGCAUCAUUCUCAUGAUUGUAGGCUUGGCCGCUGGGGUUAGACUUGGCAAACGCAUCGACGAGCUCGACGCGUACCAUAUGAUCAUUGGUUACAUCGUCGUUGCCGUUCUCAUCCUCUUUCAGCCUCUUUUGGGACUGUUUCAACACAUCUAUUUCCGCCGGAACGAAGCCCGGUCGAUCAUGGGCGUGGUCCACCAGAGUCUCGGCCGAUUGAUGAUCCUCCUCGGGAUCAUUAACGGUGGAUUGGGCUUCAACAUAACCGGUCCCGUGGGGUCGCGUUAUGUCCCUCGUGGCGCCGUCAUCGCAUACGGCGUCAUUGCAGGUCUCGUGGCACUCUUCUAUGUCGCAAUCGUCAUCUUUGGGAAACGCAGCUCAUCCCGGAGUGGUACUUCGUCGCCCGCUAACAGGGAAAAAGCACAUAACCGCUACUGGCAGACAGAGUUGCAGCCUCGAGGCAACGGAGCAUCGCCCGAGCGGCAGCAUUGGCAGCCGCAUGGCCAGAGUCACGGUCGACCAACGCGGACCAAUUCAAAUCGCUAUACCAUUUCGGGACGCGGCGACGGUCGCCCUUAG